GUGGUGGCUAUUGCCAUGGUUAUUUUAAUGGGGUGGAGGACUCUAUCAUCAGUGUCACCCGUUGCUAUAUUAUCUCAAACUUUUUCAACUCAUUUCCCCCAAAACCCAUUUUCUACUAUUUCUCUCUCUCAUCGUUCUUCUUUUCAUUAUUCAUCAUCAUCAUCAUCAGCAAAAUCACCCAUUUUCCUCCUCACAAAAUCUUCAUCAAUGGAGAAUCCAAAAACCAAAGAAUUUCCACUAGGAAUCGAUGAAGAAACAGAACAACAAUAUUCACUUCACUCCAAUUUACUUCAACAAUUCACUUCAAUCUCUUCCAUCGACAAAUCAUGGAUUUUCAAUUCAAACACAGCAGAUUCUUCAUCACAAGGAAUGAUGUUUUCUGUGAGUCAACCGAACCUUCUAGCGAACAAGAAACGGAAGUUUAUUCUAUCGUCAACCGUUAACAAACGGAGCGACGGUUCCGUUGGUUUAGAUUGGGCUCCGUUUCCUGUUGAGAUGACUGGAGUUUCUGUUAUGGUUCCGUCGCCAUCGGGUUCGAAGCUUUUGAUUGUGAGAAAUCCGGAAGGUGAUGGUGGUUGUAAGUUUGAAAUUUGGAGUAAUUCUUGUCUUGAAAACGAGUUUUCUGUACCGCAAUCGAAACAUGGUUCGGUUUAUGCUGAUGGAUGGUUUGAGGGUAUCUCUUGGAACUCAGAUGAAACUCGUAUAGCAUAUGUUGCUGAAGAGCCUUCCCCUGCAAAGCCUACAUUCAAUGAUCAGGGCUACAAGGUAAGUGGUUCUGAUGACAAGGAUUCCAGCAGCUGGAAAGGUCAAGGAGAUUGGGAGGAAGACUGGGGAGAAACAUAUGCGGGAAAAAGACAGCCUGCACUUUUUGUCAUAAACAUUACUAGUGGAGAGGUUCAAGCCGUCAAAGGCAUUGACAAAUCUUUGAGUGUUGGCCAAGUUGUGUGGGCUCCAUCAAGUGAAGGCUCUGCACAAUAUUUGGUUUUUGUUGGAUGGUCAUAUGAGACAAGAAAACUUGGUAUUAAGUACUGCUAUAACAGGGCUUGUGCAUUAUAUGCUGUUAAAGCACCACACGAAUCAAAACCUAAUGAAAAUGAGAUCCAAGCAACUGAAGAUGUUCAGGCAUUAAAGCUAACUCAAACCAUAAGUAGUGCUUUCCUCCCACGGUUCAGCCCAGAUGGAAAUUUUCUUGUAUUUUUAUCAGCAAGAAGCUCAGUUGAUUCUGGAGCCCAUUCUGCUACAAAUUCACUUCAUAGAAUUGAUUGGCCUAAGGAUGUGAAACUCUAUCAAUCUGCAAAAGUUCAUGAUGUGAUACCAGUUGUGCUGUGUGCGGACGAUGAUGGCUUUCCUGGGCUUUACUUUUCAAGUAUCCUUAGUGAUCCAUGGCUUUCUGAUGGCCACACAUUGAUUAUACCCUCUGUCUGGCACAGCAGUCAAGUUUUACUUUCUGUAAAUGUGUUUAGUGGACAAAUAAAACGAAUCACCCCUGCGGACUCAAAUUUCUCGUGGAGUCUCCUUACGUUGCAUGGGAACAAUAUUUUUGCUGUUUCUAGCAGUCCAGUAGAUGUUCCUCAAGUCAAGUAUGGAACCUUUGUUGAGAAGGAAGGUGGUAAUAGUGAAUGGAGGUGGUCAGAUGUAUCAAAUCCCAUAUAUAAAUGCUCUGACAAGGUAAGAUCUUUGUUGUCCUCUCUUACGUUUAGUAUAAUGAAGAUCUCAGUCAAGGAGGCUUCUGAAAAUCCAACUAAAGGUUCUUGUAAACCUUAUGAAUCUAUAUUUGUGUCAUCAAAAACCAAGAAAAGUGACGCAUGUGAUCCACUAAUUGUGGUCCUUCAUGGGGGACCACACUCAGUCUCAUUGUCAAGCUUUUCAAAGUCACAGGCUUUUCUUUCUUCACUUGGAUAUAGCUUGUUGAUUGUCAACUACAGAGGUUCAUUAGGAUUUGGAGAGGAAGCCUUACAAUCUCUUCCGGGGAAUAUUGGAUCUCAGGACGUCAAUGAUGUACUCAGUGCUAUUGAUCAUGUCAUAGACUUGGGACUUGCCAGUCCAUCAAAGAUUGCAGUUCUUGGUGGUUCACAUGGUGGCUUUCUGACAACCCACUUGAUUGGCCAGGCUCCAGAGAAGUUUGUUGCAGCAGCUGCUAGGAAUCCUGUUUGUAACCUUGAGCUGAUGGUUGGUACAACUGAUAUUCCUGAUUGGUGCUUUGUGGAGAGCUAUGGUACCAACGGAAGGGAUAGGAUAACUGAAGCACCUUCAGCAGAGGAUCUGACUCUAUUUUAUAGCAAGUCUCCUAUCGCACACCUCUCGAAGGUAAAAACACCAACAGUGUUUCUCCUAGGUGCCCAAGAUCUUCGUGUACCAAUUUCGACUGGACUACAAUAUGCUCGGGCUUUAAAGGAAAAAGGAGUACCGGUUAAAGUCAUCCUGUUUCCAAAUGAUGUUCAUGGAAUUGACAGACCACAAUCCGACUUUGAAAGCUUCCUUAGCAUUGCUGCAUGGUUCAACAAGUAUUGCAAAUGAGGAGCAUUUUCAGAUAUCAGUGAUCAAAUCUUAUAACUUCUUCUUGUGUAUACCCUGUUAUGUUGCAAACUGUAUUUUAAGAAUGAAAAAGAUAUUGGACCAGACUGUAUUUGACUUAUGAUUCUCUUUUCUUAAAGAUUAUGUCAACCGAUGAUUUUGUAUGCUGAUCUUCCAACUCUUCAUUAACAAUGGAUGUCCACAAUAAGAAGGUUGUGCCUAA